GAUGGAGGAGGCGAGAAAUGGUGGUUAAACGAUCGGGAAAAGAGAAGGAGGAUCGAUAGGUGAAAAGAGGAAGCGGCGAGAAGGAUGGUGUACAGAGGCAGUUUACAGACGGACGAUCCCAGGGAUGCGCCGAGGCUGGUCAGGAUGUCACCGCUGAGAAGCAGCAGGCCGAGCAAUCCCAAUUCACGACCAGUUUCCUCCGUUAAUAGCCCGGUGUAUCACGGCCCGUUUGUGCCAGCAAUCGACGUUCAUCGAGCCAAAUUGAUCGAUGAAAGACGUUUGUCCCGAAACGAGAGAGAGACGGAGUCGAUGGAGAGGGUGAUUAUGAGGACGACCGGGCUCAAGGUCGGGGCGCCAAGGCUGCGGAACAUUAGUCAGAUACGAGAUACGGUGUUCGUCGAUCCGUCACUGAUACCUAUGGAGAAGAUCGGCCGGAUGGAGAAGGAUCGGCCGAGGACAAUCGCGAUCGAAGGGGCGACCGGUAGAUCGUCGAGGGCGGCGAGCUCGAUGCUGGCCGACUUGAAGGAUCUCGAGAGAUUGAGGAACACGCCCCCGGCUCAGAGGUAUCAGAGAGGGAUCGCCUCGAAGAACGAGGCGAGAUCUUCCGUGGUCGCGUCCAAUAAAAAAUCGGAGAUCUCGAGCUCGGCCAAGAUUCGAUCGGAUAUCUUCAAGAUACAACAGAUGUUUCAAAGCCCCGACAACUCUCCAAGAACGGUGGUGAAAUGUUCGAACGAGAAGAGGAACAACGAGUGCGAGAAGAGAUCCGGGGGGGAAAUUAAUAAAACGAGAUUGCUCGCUCAAAAAUUGUUGGAGGCGUCUCGAGGUAAUCGGGAGUCGUUGAAGGAUCGUUACAACAAUCCGAGGAACGCGUCCAAGGUUGGUAAAUGCGCGAACGGUAAAAGCGCGUCGAGUAAGGCGUGUUCGCAGAAGAGCGGCGUGGAUCUCGAGCGAGGAUCCGAGAAAGGGAAAAGUGUCGCAGGGUCGGAGGAGAUACAUCCGCAACCUCCUAUUCGUAAGAGGAAAGAAGAAUCGAGGAACAGACGCGGCUGUGAAAAGACGACGGAUAAAACUAUCGUGGACGAGAAGAAGGAUAACGAUAUCGGGGAGAAUACGAGGAGCACGGCGAAAGAAAUUGAGACGUCGUCGAACGACGACGACGAUUGUUCGAAUAAUAACGGCGAUCCAACAAUCGAAGAAAAGUCGAGAGUGAGAACGACGAAGGAGUUGGACAGGCCGGAUAUUCUGGACGGAUUGUUGAAGGAGUGCGAUCGGCAAAUGGAAGACUUGAAGUCAGAUUUGCACGAGAGAAGGAGAUCGCGAAGCCAUUGGAGAGGAUUCGUGCAAUCGAUGAGGCUGCACGACGUCGAGCUUCAUUCGGACAGCGAGGAUCAACGAAAGGACCUGAAUUUAUGGAACAAGAGCAUCAGUCAACGAUGGAGGAAACUGAGGAGGCGAUGCUCCGUCCAGGAGACCUCGGAACCACAGGAGGCUCUGAUACAAGGUGGAACGACCCAGGGGGUUAUUCAACCCGUAAGAUCCAGCCCGGCUAGCAGGGAGUCUUCGCCUGCCGCAAAGAGCCUUCAGGACGGCAGUUCGCCCAAGAAAUUGUUGCAAACUAGUUCCCUCAGAUUACCAGGUACCACCAAGGGUAUAGCCGACAUCCAGCACGUUCUGCGGAGCAAGUUCAGCAAGAUAAACGCCGGUAUUCGGAAGAGGAAAGCGCUGAGCGUCACAGAGGUGUUCUCGCAAAAGGACAACGCGUCCAAUUUCUACGUUCCAAGCCCCCUCACCUCCUCGAGCAGUCAGAACUUCGAGGGGGAUGGCUACGAUUCGAGCGAGCCGACAUCUCUACCACCCUACCCUUUCCACGACAAUCUCGAGACGCUGGCGGAGGGAAGCGUGCCGAAUUCUCCCAAUUGUAGCAGCCCGUUGACCAACGCAACUAGCAAAACGUUCACGUAUUCUCAAAGCGGUGGCGCGUACGACUCGCCGAUUCUUUGCCACGAUCAAAGCCAGAAGGACGCGUACGAGAACGUGUUGUACGCGAAUUCGUCCCCCGGAUGUUGCUCCAGAUCCAGAGCCGUGUUGCAACGAAGCAACUCCGAGAAUCGCGACGGUUCGUGCAGACACCAGGAGCACUCGUACGAGAACGUGCGUUUUCAACGGGGUCACAGGUCGGAGUUGACGCCCUCGACCACACCCAACCCCGACAGACACUUGGCGAGAAGCAACUCGGAAACGAGGGACCAUCACUCGUACGAGAACGUCCAUUUCCAGAAGAACGCGAAGCCCAGAAGCCAAACGGACGCCUCGUUCGAGGAGAUUCACAUACCGAGGGUGACACCCAGAAAGAGGAUGACCGACUUCAAAGUCGGUGGACAAGUGAAUAAUUAUUCUAAUGGGCCUGGAUCCCCUGGAUCCGGCGUGAACAAAGACGAUGGCCCGUCUAGUUUGGGGGCUGAAAGGAGCCCUGGCAAGAAGACGACUAGACGAAUGAACAGCAGAAGCGUUGCCAAUAUCCCUAGUUCCUCCGGUUCCAGUUUGAAGACUUGGCAAGGUACACAAGACACGGACGAAGGCCUGAAUACCGACUCCGAACUCGAAGACAUCGACGAAGCUGGCGAGGGUGAAGAGUCGAGAUUCUGCACCCUACCGAGGCCAGGCAAGGGUGGCGCGUCAUUCACGAUACUGACGGCCAGAUUUCUAAAGGGUCCUGGACACAAAGGACUCGGUUUCAGUAUCGUCGGCGGUACGGACAGUCCUCGAGGGAACAUGGGCAUUUACGUGAAAACGGUCUUCCCGAAUGGGCAGGCCGCGGAUCUUGGAACCGUCAAGGAAGGGGACGAAAUUUUGUCGAUAAAUUCGAAACCUCUUCACGGUAUGACGCACGCCGAGGCGAUCGCCGAGUUCAAGUCCGUGAAAGCUGGGGACGUGGUUCUGCACGUCGGACGUCGCGUCAACAGGAAGAAAAGGGACUCUCUCACGUUACCACCUGCCGGACCACCGCCUCGUCACCAAGUCAAGUGAAUCGUUGAUCUCCUUCUCGUCGCGUUCCGAAAACACCAAGUUUCAAAAAGAUCGUAUCUACUUUUGUUGCAACCAAUUAUUUUCGUUGAGAACUGGUAACAAACUGGGUCUGCGUUAAUCCGGCGCAACAACGAAUCGAUUUCAAUUUUUUUUUUUUUUUUUUCACCAUUUUCCGCGUUUCGAUACGUGUUCGGGAUAACGUGUUGCUUUUCCAACAAUCGGAUACCAAUUUUUGUUUCUUAUUAUAUUUAACCGUUAGGCUGUUUCUCUCUUUAAGGAUGCGUGUUUCGAAACUCAUGUGAAUUUCAGCGUGCUCGAGCCGAACGCGACGAAACAAUUUGUUCGAUGUGAAUUGUAAAAGAACGGGAGAAUGUAAUUGAGGUUGUCGAAACGAGAUAUUUAAAGAAACGAUUGCUUCCCACGAAAGUGUCGGCGAAAGUUCGAAUGAAGCAUGAAUUCUCGAGAGAAAAUUUUUCUCUCCUCCUGGCGAAGAUCGUAUCGUACGAAGUGGUGGAACAAGAGGACCCGUCUCUGAAGCAAAAUAGCCAAAGAGAGCUAAAGUGGAAAAAUAUCGAAUUAAAAAAAAUAUAAUAAUACGACGUACCGAUAUAUAUAUAUAUAUAUCUAUCGAUAAAUUUUUAUUCGACUCUCAAUAAUAUCGAGCGAAAUAUUUAAUUAGCGUUAUCAAGCUGUUCACGGCUCUAGCUUUUGUAAUCUUUUCUCGUAUCCGUAUAACGAUAUUUUACGAAGAGGAUGUAUUUUUAUCGAAAUUUAGCCUCGAAUGGUGUUUAUUUUGAAAAAAAAAAAAAAAAAAAAAGAAAAGAAAAAAAAAGAAAAAGAAGAAAACAUUCUCGAAUCGUUGAAUCGAAGCUGCGCGAACUGGGGAAGAAUCGAAGUCUUCCGGCUUACUUUAAAUAGCUAUCGGACUACGAUUUAUUUUUGUAUAAAUUGCGAGAUAUCGUCGCGCGAGAAAUCUUGAAAUCCGUUUAAAACGUCGGGCGUUGAUUUAUCGAGAAAUCGAUAAAUGAGAUAAAAGGAGGACAGACGUCUAGACACGUCGGAAUGCCGCAAUUUCUGAUAUUGCCCGAAGGAACGCGCGUUCAAACGCAGGAUUUCUCCGACUUUUCACGUUGUCACUUUCGAGCAAGGAUCGAAUUAUUUUUUUAACUACCUUUGCAUAGAGAUAACGAUGAUCGCCCAAAGAUGAAACCCAAAAAAUAUUUUUACUACGAGAUGAACGAGAAACGUAUAAAAAAAAAAAAAA